CUAAACAGAAAUUUUAGCUCAGGUUAAAGGUUGAAGGUUGAAGGCAAUGGCCGUGUCAACCACCACCAGCGCCACCGGAUGCAUUCGCAGUAACAUUAUUAUUGUUCCAACCAACCAAACACAGAAAAGCAUAAUAAGUUUCACAUUAUUGAAACCGCGCAGAUGCAGAUAUUGCAUCGUGAGAACUAGUUCCAACGAUGUCUCUGCAGAGAUCAGUGCCACAGAGCAAGUUGAUGCAGAGACAGAAGAGAGUUCCAUUGAAGUUCCUGAAGAAUCACCGUCUUUAAUCUCUGCUCUUAACGUUGAACGUGCUCUCCGUGGCAUACCAAUUACAGACGCAGAUCAUUACGGUAGACUUGGCAUUCCUAGAGAUUUUCCAAUUGACAAGGUUGUAGUUGCAUAUAAGAACAAGGUUCAGGAACUGGAGGGCCAAGGUCUAGAGGAAGACGAACUUAACAAGAAAUUGGAACUUGUCAAGGAAUCAUUCAGGAUCCUAUCAACGGUAGAUGAAAGAAGAAUAUAUGAUUGGAGCUUGGCCAGAGCGGAGAGUGCAGACACUUACAUUUGGCCCUACGAGGUUGACAAAACUACACUCACUUCAAAAGAAGAACCUCCAGCACAGGAACCAGAGAAUGUCCAACCAACGAGACUAGUUGGAUACUUCAUAUUGGGAUGGAUCGUGGUCUCAUUUGUGGCAUCUAUUGCACUAAACUUGUAGAAAAAUCUUCACUAAACUUUUUAUAUACACUCCCGAAACAAUAAUAUAAUGUAUGAUUAUUUUAGUGUUAA